AUGUCAGCUACCGCUACCCGGCGCUCAACGCGUCGCACAGCGGCAGCAGCAGCCUCGACUGAGGCCGCGCUGUCAGCCUCGGAACAGAGCUCGCAGCAGGGAACUCCUCCCCCAGAGGUUCCCAAGAAAAAGGCCCGAAAAACCAAGGCUACCUCCACCAAGGCUGAGCCGCAGGUCGUGAUCGAGUCGCAGCAGACCGUCACCAAAACUCGCGCCUCGUCACGCGCAAACGCUACAUCCACAUCGGCCGCAACCACCGCCACGACCCAGACCUCGACCGUCACUGCACAAGCGCCUUCCACCGGGAGGAAGCUCACCAGGGCCGCCCGCGCCGCUCACGUAAAGGCAGGUGGACAGGCCUCACCACAGCGCAGCCUGGAGCAAGUCAGACCCGUGAAGCGUGCGCGCAGCACCGCUCCGACCAAGGAGGCCAGCGUGAAACGACAGGCGACAUCCGCAAAGUCGACGCGAAAGAGCAUCGUCAACGACCAGGAGAACGAGAACGACUUGGGCCCGUUCUUCACGGCCGGUAAGGAUCAUUUUUUCUCAGCCCCAGAACAACAGUCAGAAGUCACCAGCGAGUCACUCGAGGAAGAGAACGCCAAGCAGCGCAAGGAGAUUGGUGAGCUCCGCGCCCGCAUCACAGAUCUGGAAGCCCUGAACCAGGAUCUCGCGUAUAAGCUCUAUGAACGAGACCAGCAAAUGCUCGCACUUGAGGGCAAGAACCUGUGUCUGCAAAAUGAAAACUUCCGUCUGAAAAAUGAGAACUCUCGUCUGACUCAACUCCCCAACGAUAACUAUCGUUCACCAGCUGACCAACACGAUGCAGAAUUCGACAGUGAUAUCUUUGAUUCAUCUGAUCCUAUCCCUCAACCCGUCUUCACCAAUGGCAGUGAGUCCGCACUCGCACUUCUCCAGAAGAUUGAGGAGUCCGCCAAGGAGACGAUGCGCGGCGAGCCGGCGUCGAGUAGCAAUGACACACACACUGACAAGAGUGUUGACGCUGUGCCUUCACAGCCCCAGUCCGUCAAGAGAACAUUUAACGAAGCCACAGCUACUCCGGAUCGUUCAGUUGAGAAGUCAAACAUUUUCAGCCGGUCCUUCUCCGCCAUAAAGUCAAGACUAUUCUCAUCAACCCCUAAGCCACCACCAACCCCUGAAGUCGCCUCGCCUACUCCAACAAGGCCUUUGCCACCCCAGGAUUCACUGACGGAGACACUUUCACUCCCACCAACACCUGUUGGCGAGCGCGUCCAGACCCCAAGUAAGAAGCGCGCACCAAGCAACACCAUGUUGAAGGUACUGCUCAAGGGUGUUGACCAAGAAGACAAGCGCAAGGCAGAAGAUUGGGCUAGAAAGGUCAUUCCUGAGCUAAGGAACGAUAAUGACUUCCGCGAGAAGCGUCGGCGACUUGAGACUCCCGUCUUGUGCAAGGAUCUUGUCCACUUCCCCGCAGCCAAGCCCUGGGAGACUGGUUUCGGUGACCCACUUGGUGAUCUGGAUGACGAUGAUGUCGUUCCGGUUUGGGCUGUCUAUCUUGAGAUGAAGACUGAGGAGGAGGAGCACGCUGCAAAGAGGCAGAAGAAGGCUACUGUCAGCUCCGCAGAAGACGAGAUCCCCACUAUUGACGAGCAAUUUGCGGCUAGCAGCAGCAUGCGCACAUCAAAGAAGCUCUACGACAGUCAUGGCCAGUCUACAUCUUUGUACGACUUGCAUCCUCGUCGUUCGAUCGAUCCCUCUCCGAUGUUCUCAAACUCUCUGUCACACAGCGAAGGCGGCAACAUCUUUAGUGAACUUCAAGGACACGAGAACGCUGCCAGGAUUCGUGAGAAUGACCGUGAGAUUCUCAAGAAUGCAACCAAAGAGACGGUCGAUACCCAAACGCAAAGCUCCGUUGGGCUGUCAUUCAGCGUGCCCGACGACUCUGAUGACGAAGACUCGGCCGCAGAUGCUGAGACUUCGGAAACUGAGACUCCUGCAAGCGAAGCCAAGCCGAUUUGGACCCAGCCCCCGCCCCCCGCGCCUGUUCCUGCCCAUGCACCGCUGCCGGGAGGAUCUCCAACCGAGCCGCCUCUCAGCCCUCCAAGCCAACAACCUGUAGAUGAAGUCGCACGACAGCGCCAGCGUCUCAUGAAGCACACGCCUGCCAAGCCUUCUCGCCUCCGUGAAGCAACAUAUCCUUCACCGAGUGUUUUCUCAGACGCUGGCAACGAGUCUCUUCUUGCUGCCACACCUGCUCCGGUUGCUGCUUCUGCACCUUCCAUGUUUGACGACAUGCCCGCAGCGCAGACCAUUGAGCUUGACGCUGAAGAGAAGGCUGCUCUUGAGGAGCUCAUCGACUCGGAUGAAUACAAGAAACAGCUUGCCGCCAACUGGCCCGCCGCCACCCUUACGUACGAAUCGGAUGAGGAGGAGCUCAGCCCCAUCUCCACCUAA